UCGCCUACUUUUUUUCCGUUCGAAAGCCGAUCGAAAACCACUGAGAUGGUCCUCUAAUUCAAAAUAAUAAAAACAAAAAUUCUGAAACCCCGUUCUCUCCCCCGCGGCCUCACCCGCGUCGUCUACCCGCAUCUCCGCCCAGCAGCACUGUUCGGCGGCGUCAGCUCAGCUGCCUCCACCGUCGUCUGGACUCCAGCGCCGUGCACAUCCGCCCGAGACGCCCCUCCCGCGCCUCCAGACUCCAGAUUGAUUCGCCCCAUCCACCUGCGACGCCUUCCACCGCCACUCGACCUGUGACACUGCAAGAAACACGUGCCGGAAUAUAGUGCAUGCAAGAUCCACAUAAAAGCCAAGAGUUAGCAUGUCCUUCUUAACUUCUCUGGGCUUUGGGCUGAUAAUGCUAUAGGCUCUGUUUCAGUAAAAGUUCAACCAACCCUGGUAUUAUAUUGAUUGUCUAAACAACGUCUGACAAAAAUGCGGGGAUAUGAUAGAGACGAAUUGCAUGGAGAAGUUGAAGAUUAUGAUGAAUAUGAGGAGGAAGGGUCAGAGCUAGAGGAAGAUCCUGGAGAGGGGGAGAAGGCACAUGAAGAGGAAGAUCCGAAGCCUACCAGGGAGGAAUUAGAGUAUCUAGAGUUGAGGCGAAGAUUGAAAGAACAAAUCAGAAAGCAGAUGAAAAGGGAUAAUGGUACUUCUACAAAUGUAAAUGGUUCAAAUGAGAAGAAGAAUAAGAAACUUCCAUAUGAUAAGCCAAUACACAUUAACCCGUGUGCAAGUUUCGGAUCCUUCUUUGGCCCUUCGCAACCAGUAAUAGCCCAAAGAGUAAUACAAGAAAGCAAGUCAUUGUUAGAAACCGACCAUUUGGCAUCCAGACUUUCGAACUCCCUCCAUGGUCACAAAAAGGACACUUCAAUAUCUAAAGGGCCAAAACUUGGAUCGCGUGACCAGCUACCGAAAGUCAAAACGGAGUUAAAGACUAAAGUCCAAAAACUCAAGGAUACAAGAGAUUAUUCAUUCCUAUUAUCUGAUGAUGCAGAGCUUCCUGCUUCUUCUAAAGAGCCUCUGCCUAGAAAUGUCUCCUUUACAAAUCAUGGUCAUGAGGUGCGGGCAGCUCAUGUGCCAGUGAAGAAAAGUAAAGAAGCUUCGGGCAACAGGGGCAGACAUGAAGAAAGGAAAACUGUUUCUAUGAAUGGUCAGUUCUUUUCUAAAGCAGGGUCCAAGUUGACUUCUGCUAGUAAGACAGCAGAUUCUAGAAAACAACUCGGUAGCAACAUUGGGAAUGGGCCAGGCCGGCCUGUGGGGCCAAAAGCCUUGCCUUUGAAGAACCCUGUUGCUACCAUGGACAAGAAGGCUGCCAUGGAGAAGAAAGUUUAUGCACCAGCUGCAAAACAUUCCUUGCCUGGAGUGCAGAGAUCAUCUUCACAAGUGCACUCAUCUGCUCCAAAGCAGCCCCUAGAACCAAAAAAGGGACAACAAGAGUCUAAUAAAUCUAAAAUGGUGCCAAAACAGCUAUUGACAUCAUCAAAACCAAAGAUAAACAAGCCGCAAAAGCAAAUUUCAUCAUAUCCGACUUCCAGGGACCAUCGACCCUUGAAAAAGCCAAGACCUGUGAGUCGGUAUUCUGAUGAUGACGAUGAUGGUGUAAAAGCCAUCAGUAUGAUCAGACAAAUGUUCAGGUACAAUCCCAACAGAUACGAGGAUGAUGGUGAUGAUAGUGAUAUGGAGGCAAACUUUGCGGAUAUAAUGAGGGAGGAGAAAAGAAGUGCAAAAAUUGCAAGGGAGGAGGAUGAAGAGCAACUUAGAUUGAUAGAGGAGGAAGAAGAAAGAGAGCGGCUGGCACGGUUGAGAAAGUUAAAAAAGCGUUAGCUGGGCCAGGAUUGACCAAAGGAACAUCUUUUAGGACAUUUGUCUCCUUAAUUAAGUUCAUAUUCAUUUUGUAUCACCAUUUUGUUUAUAUAUAUGCAUUUAAUUUUAUGCCAAAGUUGUUUAAUAAUAGUUACCGAUAAAUUCUUCAAUUGUAGGGUUAAGAUGUUGUCACAGUUUGAUGUGCUUUCGGCGAAAUAUUUUAUACUUAUGCAAACGUUGCCGUUAGGUAUU